UGAGACUUGUUUUUCCCUGAGCUGUCAUGUCUGUGAGACGACAUUAUCAGAAGAAAACAACAAUGACCUCCCAGGAAUAACCUCCAGUGACAAGAAGAAAACAGCUGAGAAAGAAAUGCUAUCAAAUAUUAAUGGGAUCAUGAAGCCUGGCCUCAAUGCUAUCAUGGGACCCCUAGGUGGAGGCAAAUCUUUGUUGUUAGAUGUUUUAGCUGCAAGGAAAGAUCUACAUGGAUUGUCUGGAGAUGAUUUCUUAAAUGGAGCACCUCGAUCUGCCAAUUUCAAAUGUAUUUCAAGUUAUGUGAAACAGGAUGAUGCUGUGAUGGGCAGCCUGACAGUGAGAGAAAAUUUACAGUUCUCAGCAGCUCUUCGGCUUCCAACAACAAUGACAAAUGAUGAAAAAAAUGAACUAAUUAAUGUGAUCAUUAAAGAGUUAGGUCUGGAUAAAGUGGCAAAUUCCAAGGUUCGAGCUAGUGGAGAAAGGAAAAGGACUAGUAUAGGAAUGGAGAUGAUCACUGAUCCUUCCAUCUUGUUCUUGGAUGAACCCACAACUGGUUUAGACUCAAGCACAGCAAAUGCUGUCCUUUGGUUCCUGAAAAGGAAAGCUAAGCGUGGAUGUACAAUCAUCUUCUCCAUUCACCAGCCUCAGUAUUCCAUCUUCAGGUUGUUUGACAGCCUCACUUUAGUGGCCUCAGGAAAACUAAUGUUCCAUGGGCCUGCACAGGAGGCCUUGGGAUACUUUGAAUCAGCAGGUUAUCAGUGUGGCACCCACAACAACCCUGCAGACUUCUUCCUGGAUGUGAUUAAUGGAGACUUCUCUGGUGUGGCAUCAAACAGAGAGGAAGAAGACUUUGAAGCCAAUGCGACUGAAGAACUUGCCAAGACACAAAAGCCAGGCAUAGAACAAUUAGCUGAGUCUUAUGCCAACUCCACCUUCUACCGAGAAACCAACACUGAAUUAGACAAACUCUCACGGGUUCAGGAGGAGAAGAGCUUGGCCUUCAAGGAGAUCACCUGUGUCACCUCCUUCUGUCAUCAGCUCAGAUGGAUUAUCUGGCGUUCCUUGAAAAAUUUGAAGGCUUUUCCUCGGGUUACUUUACUUCAGACACUUAUGACAGUCAUACUGGGAUUGAUUGUUGGUGGCACUUUCAAUCUGCUAAAAAAUGAGUGUACCGAAGUCCAAUGCAGAGCUUCACUGCUCUUCCUGCUGACAGUCUUCCAGUGUAUCACCAGCGUAUCUUCUGGCGAGCUCUUUGUGCUCGAGCAGAAGCUCUUUAUACAUGAGCAUAUCGGUGCAUACUACAGUGUGUUACCAUAUUUCUUAGGAAAACUGGUAUCUGAGUUAAUACCUAGGAGGUUACUUCCAAGUAUUAUAAUUACUUCUAUGCUAUACUUCAUGGUUGGAUUAAACCCAAGCGUGAUGGCUUUUGUCAUUACGAUAUUUAUUGUCUUGAUGUUGGGUUUUUCGGCCAGUUCUCUAUCACUAUCUUUCGGAGCAGGUGAGAAUGCAGUGUCUAUAUCAACACUUCUCGUGACUACCUACUUUGUGUUCAUGCUGUAUUUUUUAGGUCUGUCACUGUUUUUUGGAACCAUUGUGCCUGGGCUAUCAUGGCUUCAGUACUUCAGUGUUCCUUACUAUGGUUUUACGGCUUUGCAGCAUAAUGAAUUGUUGGGGCAAAACUUCUGGCCAGACAUCAAUACAACACAAAGUAGUCACUGUCCAAACUAUGUAAUAUGUACUGGUGAAGAAUUCUUGAGAAUGCAGAACAUCGAUCUCUCACCUUGGGGCUUGUGGAAGAACCACGUGGCAAUGGCUUCCAUGAUGAUUAUCUUCCUCACAAUCACCUUUCUACAAUUGUUAUAUUUUAACAAGAACAAUCUUGGGCUGGGUGUGCGGCUCAAGUUGUAG